AUGAUCUUUUCAGUCAGUCUACUGCCACAAGAGGAAGUUGAAUGUUACAAGCCUGAAUAUCUUGAAGUCAAUGCUGAAAAAGGAAGACGUAGAGCAUUCUGGCUUCUUCAAGAAAAGACAGACUCACUAGUAUUCGGAUGGAAUCGAUUCGAUGAAAAAGGCAUUUCAAAGCUGACUUUAGAACGAGAAAUAGACUGGGCCUAUGAUGAUACUUUGGAUCUCCCUUUGGUUGAUAUAUCAGAAUUCAAUGUAAUUGGGGAAUCAUGCGUAGCUGAAAAAUACAAUAUACUUGCAAAGUCGUCAGGCGUAUUUCGUUACUAUGAGGAGGCGAGGAGGAGUCUGAAAUACAAACGAGUUCCGAGAGUUGUAGAAGUUGAAUUCGAACCUGCGUCAAACAAAAGUCAAUUGGUGAGAUGGGCGUUGGAACGUUUUCCAUGUCAUUCCAAAGAUAGUAUGAUCAUGUUCGAAGGACUAACUGAUCAACCUCUCGAAAUGACCAUUGUUCCUAUUGAAAGUACAGAAACACUUUUUGCAGGAAGUCAGGAACAACAUGAAAGUCCAGGAGAAGAAGAAGAAGAAGAAAUAAACAUUGGUGAGUCCAGAAUGUAA